UAGUGUACAUCAGGUUAGAUACCCGGUAUAAGUGAUACCUACCUGGUAUGCGUACCUAAGUAGGAAAUAUGUGCAUUAUUUCCGAUGCCCUAGUAGGUAGAGGUGUAUAGAGAAUAACUGCCUCAUAGCAAAGAGGUACCCAAACUAACCCAAGGCGUAUACAUCAACGUAUGUCCGAGAUCCCAAACACUCCCUAGCCACAUAUCCCAUCUCGCCCAACUUGUCAUCGUGACCCUCCAUCGUGUACUUUUGUGUCGCCUAGUCUCUCUGCCUCUUUAGAUCCCUAACAUAGCAUUCGCCUACACCUGCUAGCCAUACCCAUCCCCAAACACGCCUAAACGUAGAUUCUAAGAGCAGCUUAGAGAGGGUGAACAUAAUUCCUGUCCUCUGCAUUAUCCACCUGCCAUAGAAGUCCAAGUUAAUGAGAUCUCCGUGUCACGUCAAAUAGCGGCAGAGUUUUAUCUAUCGUGCGACUUGAUUUCAUGUGGAUCGGCACGCCCCGUUUCCACUCGAUCACGACGAAGGCUACUUUUUUUUUUUCCUAUAAAAAUAAGGCCGACUUCCCUUCAACACAGUAGUCUUACUAGGAAGCUUUCGUAGUUGUAAAGAUUUUUCGAACAUCACAGUUUCCUCUUGGCGAGCCGCAUCACUACUCUCUCACAUUAGGUACUCUGUGUCAAAAUGACUCCUCAAGAUCCCCCAAAGCCGUCUGUGUUGAUAGUUGGGGCGGGAUGUUUUGGCCUAGCAACCGCGUACACCUUAGCCUCGUCCGGUUAUGACAAAAUCACGGUUCUAGAGAAAGACGAUGUGAUACCCAGUCGGUUCUCUGCUGGGAACGAUCUCAACAAAAUCAUCCGCGCCGAGUACGCUGAUAAUUUCUACACGGAUCUCAGUAUAAGCGCCAUCCGCAAAUGGCAGAGUGACCCGUUGUACAGACCCCAUUUUCACCAGACUGGUUUCUUGAAUGUGACUUCAGAAAACGCCCCGCAGGCAACUAAGAAUGUGGUUACGAAUUACCUAACUUCGAUCAGGGGGCAUCCGGCUUUCGAGGGACAGGUGGAAGAAGUCCAUGGCGCAGAAGGCAUAAGGAGGGUUGCACCCGCGUUCACUGGCUCGACGGCAGGAUGGUCGGGCUACUUUAAUAAAUUGGCUGGCUACGCUCAUUCCGCGGACGCAUCAAGGGCCGUCCACGACGCCUGUGUUAAUUUGGGCGUCGAGUUCGUUCGCAACGGGGAAGUAUCUGAACUAGUUUAUGGCACCAAAUCAUCUAGAAGGGUGUGCAUCGGGGUUAAGACGCGCGGAAACAAGAUAUACCAUGCAGACAAGGUCAUGUUGGCGCUAGGUGCUAACGUGCCGGGCUUGAUUCCUCAGUUAGGGCCACAGGUUACUGGCCGUUGCUGGGGCGUCGUGCACAUCCAACUGACGCCCGAGGAGGCCUUGCCACUCAGGGGCAUACCCGUCACCAACGUUCGGGACCUUGCGUUUUUCUUCGAGCCUGACGAAGCCACUAACAAGCUUAAAUUCUGUCAUAUGGGGGGUGGCUUUACUAACUUUGCCCUGUCUCCAAAUGGUCUAUCACUUCCCUACGGGAAACUAGAGGAUUCCCAAUUCGUCCCAUUGGAGGACGAGACCUACAUUCGUAAACUGCUACAGGAGGUCUUUCCCCAAUUUGCAGAUCGCCCACUCAUCGACAAACACCUGUGCUGGUUUGCAGAUACGGUAGACUCCGACUACAUCAUUGAUUACGUCCCUGAUACCAAUUCCUCCCUCAUUGUGCUCUCUGGAGACUCGGGUCACGGGUUCAAGAUGCUGCCAAUCUUUGGAGGGUUUGUCAAGGAAGUUCUAGAGCAAGGAUCGCAAAAAGAGGCAAAGUGGCAGUGGAAGGAUGAUACUAAACUCAAGUCGACUGGGACAUGGCGUGGUGAUACCGCCACGCAAGAAUUGUCAAAAUUAGAACGUGCAAGGUAGUUACUAUAUGUACCUCUUAACCUACCUAGCGCAACAUAUGAAUGAUGGGAAGGUCUAGAAGACUAUUUAGACCCCCUUUCCCAAUUAAAUACCAAAGCUUAAGAGUUGCUAGUUAGCACAAUAUACAUUCCUCCAUACAGUUGGGCUGAUGAUAAAUACUUGAAAGGCCCCGAUCAGAUGCCGAUAUUUCCGAAGCUGUCCGAACCCAUCCAAACUCGACCAUAUUUACAUGAAUCCAAAAAAUGCUUAGCCAGUGAAACGCUUGGAAAUAAGGGCUUGCUAUUGUAUUUGUAAUAGUGGCCUAGCCUUGGAUGGGUUUAUAGUUAUUUGUGUAAGAGGUAAUUCGCAUAUUUGUUUUCUCGUUCUUACUGAUAAUGUCGCAAUGAGUAGCCUGAAUAAAUACUCUUUAUUGACAUAUUGUGAUGUUGAUUUUGCAGAUCAUGUCGUGAUGUUCAUGUUACGAUUUCUCACAGAGGACGAUCUCAUGAGAUGAGCGUAGUAUUCUAGUCUUUUCGUUGGUAGCACAACCAAAAAUCCCCGAAUACCAGAUAAGUGACGAUAGUUACCAUCGUGCUAUUCAGAGCGAGAUGGCACACCACUAGCAUUGAUGCUGACCGCAUCAUGGCAAAAGCCUCCAGCCAAUAGGCGCUGACGAGGCCGGCUAGCCGCAACAGUAGGACGACCCAGAGAGUCGGUAACGG